AGCUGAUUGCUGUGGACCGCCUAUCUUGGCAGUGUUAGUAGAGGCUGUCAGCUAGCUCUCACCAAGUCGUGGUCUGAUGUUAGGGAUAACCUCCAUUUCUGCGCAGGGGAAAUAACAGUUUAUAUUCACCCUACUACUGAUCAGAAGUUCAGAGAUCAGUAGUCUUGGCACAAUGGCUGACCUAGAAGGCAAGUACAUGUGCCAUGAAGACAACGGGCAGGCUGAAGAAUCUUUGUUGUCAGAAUCAAAUCAAGACCAAUUCUCAGUGGAAACUGAAACAGAAACCCUGCCUCCAGUGGAAGAUGGGCAGGAGAAUGAACCUGACCACAGGGGUGAGGAGACGGAAGGGGAAACUGAGCCUCUCUGUGAUACAGACACUGAUUGUACCCACAGCUGCGCCUCAAGCUCACAAGGCUCUCCCCUCCCCUGCAAGAAAUUCCUGGCAGAGCAAAUGGGCAUGGGUAGCCCUGAGAGUUGUAUCACCAAUCCUGUCAUGGAACCAUUGCCCCUGAAGAAGUAUCUCUCCACGGAACUGGGGUGUGGUGAUGAGGACUGUCAAAGUUGCCUCUCCAGCAACAACACGACCCCUCUUCCAUACAGGAAGUUCAAACCUCCAGAGUCUGAUGCAGGAACUGAUCUUCUUCCUGUGUGCCGCAUCUGCCAACUUCCUGGAGAUGACGAUGAAAUACUCUUCUCACCAUGUCGGUGCUCAGGCUCUCUCAGAUAUGUGCAUUACCAUUGUUUGUUGAAAUGGAUAGAAGUGUGCUCAAGAAAGACGAAGAAACCUCCAAAAUGUGAACUCUGCUUCUUCCCCUACAUCAGACACAAGAGAUUUAAGUUCCAUCACUGGCGUCUUCCCAAGGUCAGCAGACGGGACAAAUGUCUUCACACAGCGUUCCUGUUCAACCUGAUAAUCAUGAUCGGAUGUGCAGUGGCCACUGUUCUCUGCUUCCUCUCCGAUAAAGGACAGAUCACGAACUUGCCCAAGAACAAAGUGGAACUGACUUCGGAGGAAGUAAUAACACUAGCAUGUGGCGUUUUCUUCUUUGUGUCAUUCUUCAUUGCCAUGACCGUUGAGAUCAAAGCAAAGCACACUGUGUACAAACUCUUCAUCAAGUUCCUCACUCAGAACACAGAAUGGCAGAUUGAACCCUAUGACCGCUCAAAGGAUCCUAUGUACAACAUCCACCCUUCUCACAAUGUGUGAUGAUGAUGAUGAUGAUGAUGAUGAAAAACACUUUGAUUUUGUGGAUGUGGAACAAUGACAUUUGUCAGUGUGCAUGACUUUCUUCAAAAUGGCUCGGCUGAACUCUCACUCAGCUUUUGCUGUGUCAUACAGCAAACUAGUUCACUUUCAGUAAGCUUGUGGUUAAUUUACACUGAACACAAACAUAAGGAGAAAUCUAAAGACUGUACUGUCACUUAGACCACCAAAGGAUGAAGGUGUAAUGUUAGGUCUGUGUGAGUGCAUCCUGCAGCAGUGUGUGAAAUGAUUUGCAUUUCCAGGUGUUUACAGAUGUGUGCAUUGUCAAGUCUGCUGUUGGAUCAUUAUGUCCUUUGCAGGUUCUCGUUAGUGAUGUUAUGGUAUCUCUUGUUCAAAGUUGUCAUUUCCCUGAUACCUUUAUUAGUAACCAAUUUAUCUGACAACUGUGAACAAAUUACCAUCAGAAUAUUAAACACACUGACUUUGGAAUCAUUUCAUAAUGCUGUUAGGAAAAGCUUACGAGAAAUAUUGAAAUCCAAUCACUAUUCUCUUUUCAAGCAACUAAAAAAUCUAUUUAUAUUUUUUAUUUCUUACAAUUGAGUUGAAUUGGUCACUCACUGUUUUCAGUUCUUGAUAAUUUUAAUCCUUGAGUGUGUUUUAUAGCAGUGCAGUUAUCAACUUCAUCGGUUGAUAAUUAGUGCAUUAUAAAUCUAAUCGUGAGCAAAUAAAUCUUCUUGUUUUGCUUCUUAGAUAUCAGGUAAGACAGUCUUGUAUGUUUAAACUUUCGAAAAAUGAUUUAUUUUUUUUUUCUGUGAUAAAUCCUUAUAUGUCAAUAGACAUGAACUUAUAACUAAAAUAUUAUAUUAUUUAAGCUGCUCUUGCCAUUGGUGUUUUGCUUAAGUUAUAUUCAUCAGGUUUGAGGGAAUGUCCUCUGAGACACUUAUUUGUUUAUGAGAUUUUAUUUUUUUGAAAUAUUACUGGUACAUUUUAUCAAUGUCUUGGCUGAAGCCUGUUCAAACUAUCAGUAUUAUGUUUGUUGUGCAAGCAUUUAACAAGAACAGUUCCCAUGACCACAUGGUAGUCUGUAUCAUGACUUCAUAACAUACUGUGUAAGGAUAAGUGACGUGUCUUUCAAAAGGUGCAGUUUCACAGAGCAAUCUUAGUGCUAAGACAGUCGUAGCCCUUCGAUUGCUUGGUAUAACUGUUCCUAGCAAGACACAGAUAUGAAUAUAAAAGACUAUUCUAGGCCAGCUCUACAUCAAGGGGACCUGUAAAUUAUUCAAAAACAUUCAAUUUGUUUCUGAGAGCACUGCCAAUUAUUUGUUAUAACAGAUGAUCAAUGCAAAACUUGUUAGGACCAGUGCUGAACGAUUGUGCAACUGAAAAAAUAUCUCAUCACAUAUCCUUCACAUGAAGACAAAUGUGACACGGAAGCAUUUUCUUGGAAGGGUUAGACACAAUUCCACGUUGAUACUCAACAAUAAGGGUAAAUAAAUACCUUGUCACAUGAUCAGCAAAGACAUGGUGACGUGUUGUAUGUAAACUGUAGCAGAUACAGUGAUAGACCUAAUGCUUGUAUGGUUGGUAGUUUGAAGAACAUAGAUGUUUUAAUGUGAGCAAGAAAAGAACAAAUUGCAAAUACAAGUAUCAUAUCAAGCAGCAGUAAAUAUUGACCAACACAUUUCUUACCUGUAAAUUGCAUUCCCAUAUCAUUAUGAUAGACCUAAUAAAAACAAAGGUGUUUCUGAUUACCUGAAUUUAAAAAAACUAGUAGCCGUUUGGUUUUUUUGCUUAAUUUCUUGCAAGAUAGUAUAGCUGAAGUCAAGGAUACAAAUUUGUGUCUCGAAUUUUACAUAUGUUUCAAUAUUGUUGGCACGCAACAGUAUGAUCAGUCUCGUGAAAUUAAUGGCACCUAAAGAUAUUUUUUUCAACCAGAGUAUCUUGUAAGUGAAGUGUCCUCCAUGGGAUAUACAAUCAUUAGAUCUAUGCAACCCUAGCAUGGCGGUGGUUAGAGCUUACAGCUUGAUCUCACUUCACUGCGACGCUGUCAGCUCACCUUUGCACCUUGGUUACUUUAAUAAUAUAAAUACCGUACCUGAAUAUCAUUGUAAAAAAUAUUGUCUUCGCAGGGUUGUAUGCCCAUUGGCAGUUUGAAUCUUCACCUGUUUUGGUGUUAACUGGAUUUUCAUUGAUCCUGAUAUUGACCUAAUCAUCCAUUAGCCCACCAUCUCAUAAAUAGCUCCAACUCCAGUUCACCUCCAGCGCAAGGUUCCUAUACUCAUCAGAAAGUCAACCAUUGACUCCAUGCUCAUACUACAAUCAUGAAUAUUAUCAGAACUCUGUACAGGGGCUUAUAUCAGGGGAGACAGACAGAUGCUGUUGAGAUAUGAUGGUGAAUGCCAUUUACACAGAUACUUGAAUUUAGAAAGAGAAUUUAUCAUAUACAGCCUGAGAUGUGAUGCUAUACAUUUUGUAUACCAUAGCGAAUGCCAGGUGCUAUCAGCCAUUUGAAUACUAUACUGCACCUUUUCAGUGUAGUUUUGAAUUUAUAUGUUAAUUCAUAAUGUAAUAUUUUCAUAUGUUUCUUUGAAAUGACCAAGUGUUGAUAUUGGUAUUGAUCAUUUGUACAAAUCCACUUUAUGAGACUGGCUGCAUGUUAGACUACUUACGCUGUGAAUGGUAACCAUGUUGGUUAGGGAGUGAGGCUGGGUCAGAGAUGCAUGUCAGUAAUUUGUUCAUCACUAAGUGAUAUGUAUUAAUAUUUAAAGUAAUCCAAGUACUGAGUUUGUGUUUAAAUUUAGUGCUGUGAGAGAAAUAUAUUGCCAUUGUACGAAACAUUAUUUAAAUCUUUAUAUAUAUUCUUUCUAUUUUUAAUAAAAUGUCAUCAUAUGA